UUUCUUGUUGAUUUAUCGCUGAUUUGCGACACACGACACGAGACAUGACCACAUACUAAUUUGCGUAUCAAGUAUAAAUAUAUAUAUACAUAUAAAUAUAACUAAAACUUAAAACUCCAAGUGGUUCACUGACAUUUAACAAUCAAUUGAACAAUAACGUCUUUUUAAUCAAUAAAUAAAUUAAUCAACAAUAAAAACUCUACAACAAUUCAAAGUCUUAGUCUAAUUGUUAUGUCAUAAUACAAUACAACAAACAAACUAAAAAUGCACUGUCACAUCCAGAAGAAUCUAAAUUUAUAAACAAGAGUUGACAAAAUUCCAGUGAUUUAAUCUCGAUAAAUAAUUAAUAAAUAAAUAAAUAUAAGUCAUGUUAUUAACAUUAUUCUACAUGAUAUCAACCUGGGUACAAGCAUGGAGACUGACGUCUUUGAGAACACGUCUAUUGACUGCACUUAAUAAUAAUAAUAAUUUACAAACUGAUAAUAUAAAACCUUCUAUAAUGUUUUAUAUAAAAUCUCCAGAUAUUUCUAAAGAUGAUGUAAAUUUUAAACAGACUGGAAGUGUGAUCUGUCAAGAUUUACUUACGUCACAUUUAUGUUCAAAUAAAAAUAUUGCCAAACUUCAUGACCUUAUUUGGAGCCAUGGUGAUAAAAGACUAUGUAGUAUUUAUCCUCAGCAAAAAAUAGAAGUAAGUGAAUGGUUACUUUAUCCAUUUGGUAAAACAAAUUUUCCCUUGACUAUGGAUAAUUGUAAUCAAACAAGACUAGCUGAUGAUUCAAAAAUAUAUUUAUUAAUUGAGGCUGAUGUUGAAAACUUUAAUCCCCAUGCAUUUGCCAGAGCUAUCAAGUUAGAAGAUUAUGGAUUAUUAUUGUCAUGGACCGUUGAUAAAUUAUUUGCCGCUAUUAUGGAAAGUGACAUUGAUCACAUAAGUAAAUUAUCUAUUGCACUAAUGCAAGGCCCGUGCUUUAUUAACAAUGGAUUAAUACUCACGCGUAUUGAAUCCGUUGAAGUUACAGGAAAACCCUGCAGCUAUAAUUUAAAUCGAUCGACUUCUUUACGAGAUAAAAAAUUAGUUGGAAAAGCGCAAUGGGAAGCUCAUAUAAAAACACUUAAAUUAUUUAGCAGUACAGCGCGUCAUGUGUCGCAACAAAAUGAAUCAUUUGAAGUCGACGAUUUACCCGGUACUAUUGUGUCCCCAGGAAGUCGCUCGCUGUCAUUACAAAUGCCGACUGUUUUAGAAAUAAAUUAUCAACAUGACACUCUAGGCGACUUCCAACCAGACGACAGUACGUCGGUACCAUCGACGCCCCCGCCGACUCCUGCAUCCGCGAGCUUGAUGGACCGCGGAGACUUGGAACGUCAAAAUUUGUUGAUGUCCGAAAACGCGAGCUUUAGCCGUAACUCGGCUACUCCAGACCGGCUGUCUAGUGGAGGGAAUUCAAAUAAUUCUUCGACGCAGAACAUCAAUGACAUUGAACCAAAGAUAGAAACCAAAUCAAGCGCUUCAACUUCAAAUGCAAACAUAUGCGAGAGAAUAUUGCCAAAGACUUUCAAAGGAGAUCCUUCAGAUACGUCGUGCACAAAUCGUGCUGAAAAGUACUCAGUAAAAAAAAAUCUUCCGAAUUAUCCAGGAAAUACCAAACCGCCGAAUGUUUUAAUUUAUGCAGACUCUUCUCUAGCGAGUGAUAAUAUUGAGCGCGUCUUGAAGCAGACAUUAAACAAAGACAAAUAUGUUAUUUAUAAAUUGUCCUCUGAAGAUGCGCGUCGUGAUGUUUGGAGAGAUCAAGCGAAUUUAGUAGUAGUGUGUGGUAAUGUUGACUGUGAAAUAGCUUCCCAAUUAGUUGACUACAUUGUUGAGGGUGGAAAAUUAUUAGCAUUGUGUUCCGACGCAUUGCAUACACUACUGCCGUCAUUCAAAACCGCCGAGGUACGGGAGCAUGAGCUAGUGCGUUUCUCUUACGGUAAAUGGAAAAAUGUUCAGAUGAUGCAUCACAUAUUUUGUUACCAAGCUUCGCCAGUUAAAUCAAGAUUUUCUCAAGACCAUGAGGAUGUCAAAGUUACUCCAGUGACUCCCGUGUCUUCGAGUGUUAAAGACAAGCAGGGAAAAACUCACACAUUCCAAGUACGAGUACUCGGAGCCGAGGAAACAUGGCAUACACCCAGCAUUGUCCUGGCAGACCUACCCAGCACUGGGGGAAAAGCAUUAUUCUCCCAAAUUCACCUCGAGGCAGAUCCAUCUCAGUACGAAAUGGAAGAAACAAAAUUCCGCGCAUUGAAAGAAAGCAAUUCCGCGCGUCUUGAAAUACUGUCCGAUUUACUUGGCUCUCAUCUGGGUAUCGAUGUCAAGCCAAUUGAUGCUGGAGACAUUGUUUUUAAUCCUGGUUUUUUUCUGGGUAGACACGAGCUUAAACUGGAAAUGCUGGAACGAUUGAAAGAAAAAAUGGAGGCAAAUGAUAUUUUUAAAACAAAUAAAUUAAAGUUACAGUUUUGUAGCAAUACCAAUAAAUUAGUACCAGCAUCAUCAUCAGUUCUACCAAUCAUGUUACAUCAGUGUCCUGAUAACUUUUCGACAAUUGAAUAUUUUGAGAAUUUAAAAACCAAAGACUUAGGACGUAUUGUAAUUUACGCGGAUAUUAUGACGUCAUCAAUGGAUGUAGUUGCCGGUUGUAAAUUACAUCAUGGGCUGGCUGUUAUCCCGCGUCAACAAACUCAGGGUCAAGGCCGACAUAAAAAUGUUUGGCUAAGUGCUAAAGGAUGCUUGAUGUUUACAUUACAAUUACAUAUUCCACUUGAUAGUUAUCUUGGUAAUCAUUUAUCUAUUUUACAACAUAUUGUUGUAGUAGCUGUAGUGGCAGCAGUUAAAUCAAUUCCCGGUUACGAGGAUAUCGAUCUCAAUAUUAAAUGGCCUAAUGAUAUUUAUAUAGGAAAUAAAAUAAAAAUUGGCGGCCUUAUUGUACCGACGCUCAUUGAAUCACCGCAAGCUAUAUGCAAUAUUGGUCUUGGAGUUAAUUUAUCGAACAGUACUCCAACAAGUUGCAUUAACGAUGCAAUUAAAAAGUAUAAUGAGAAAAAAGGUACCAAAUUACAGCCACUUGGGUAUGAAAAAUUCUUCGCUCUUGUUUUUAAUCAACUUGAGUCUCUGUUGGAUUCAAUGCAAAAUGAUAACAUCAAUCAUUUCUAUCAACUUUAUUAUGACUACUGGCUUCACACAGACACUCGGGUAAACAUUUCAUCAAAUGGAGUAACCAAAGAAGUUAAGAUACUGGGGAUCGAUAGCUUUGGAUAUUUAGAAGUUGAAAGUGCGGAUGGUAAAAUAUUUUCAGUCCAGCCUGAUGGAAACAGUUUUGAUAUUCUCAAAGGGCUUAUUGCUCCGUCCGCGUGAAGAUAAUUACCAUAAAUAAAAUACUUAUACAUUCAAAAUAAUGAGGUAUCUAAAAUUCAGGACAAAAAAAUUAAACUUAUCAUAGAUUCAUAAAUUUAAUUGAUCAUUGACUGGAGUCAUAUUAAGUUGACAGCUAAAUAUAUGUAAUAUACAUACUAAUUAAUCUACGAUUCAUUAUUCAACUGAUAAAAAAAUGAUUCCGCGCACAUUUCCAUCGUUAAACAGUCGCACGAUUUUUGACAAAAUAAUUUUAGAUUUUAUGAGUGUGAAUGUAACAGACAUCAGAAAAAUUUUUAUUUAUUAAUAAAUAGAGAAAAUAAUUAAUAAAAUAAAAUUUUUUAAAAAUGCGCUUUUAAAAAAUUUCAAAUUAAUAAGUGCAUUUUUGUAAAUAUUAUUUUUUAAAUUAUUUACUCUACUUAUUUAUAAUUUUUUUUUUCCUUCUUGGCUAUCGUCCCGGGAGGGCCACGUGCCAUUUAUAAUUUUAAAUGGCAGUGUUACAAUUCUACUCACAACAUCUCUACUCAAGAGAAGCAGCUACAAAUCUACUCACUCACAACUUUACUUAGCCUCAAUUCUACUCACAGUUUUUUUUACUCAGAUUUAACUCUACUCAGUUACAACUCUACUCACGUAUUUUAGCCUAUCGAUAAAAUAGCAAUUCUUUGUGAGUAGAGUUGUCGCUGAGUAAAGAUGUAACUGAGUAGAGUUAAACCUGAGUAAAAAAAACUGUGAGUAGAAUUGAGGCUGAGUAAAGUUGUGAGUGAGUAGAUUUGUAGCUGCUUCUCUUGAGUAGAGAUGUUGUGAGUAGAAUUGUAACACUGCUUUUUAAAUUUUAAAUUUGUCUGAUGUCUGCUACUUUCACACUCGUUAGAUUUUUUAAAUAUUUUUUUCUCAAGAAUUUAUUGAGUGACCGUGGAAUUUUUUUCCACUUCUCACUCUUGUCACUAAGAAAUUUAAAUUUCUCUAAAAAAAAUUUUUUUAUUAUUUUUCAAGACUAAAAAUAUUAAAUUUCACUUCCGUACAUUUAAAAAAUAUUUUUGAUUUUUAUUUAAUCGACAACUUUCAGAGCUUGAAUUAUAAUUUCAAAAAAAAGUCAAAUUGUUAAUUUAGGGACUGGGUAAUUAAGCAUUCAAUUCACUAGCUCAGUCCAUUGAUACAAAUUCGAGUUUGCGCUUCCUCGAUAAUUAUUUUCCAUAUGCAAAUCAAAAAAUAGAUCUGAAAUUUUUUUUUGUUUCAUACAUGUUUAUCUUUUAAUUAAAAAAUAAAAAAAAUGUAAAUGAAUUACAGUUAAUGUGAAUCUGCAAUUACUCUCGUUAAAAAGUCAUAUUAAUUAAUUAACUAUAACUAAUCAAAAUAAAGAGAAAAAAUAAAAUAUUAAACUAAAUGUAAUCUAUGGAUGUUAUCUGUUGAAAUAACUAUUGUUUAUAUC